CCGGAGCGUCUUGGCGUGACGUCAAGAUCCCGCCUCAGGGCCGCCCAUGUCGCGAGAGUGUGCGUGGGCGGAAGCGCAGCGGCUGCCGCAGAAUGCGGUUCCUGCUCUGGUUCGUGCUCCUGCCGAGCAUCGCUAUCGCGACCGGAGCUGGCGGUAACGUGGAUAGGAAUGCAGCGGGUGGAAGAGGAGGGUCCGACGUCUCCAAAGACCCCAAGAAUGAGGACAGCCAGCAGAACGAUGCCAGCUUAGCAGGGGUUGGACAUACUGAUCCGACUCCCCACACUGCUGUAAAUAGGGUUUCCAACCCUGGCUCUGGGACAGGGGACAAGCUCGAGCCUGCCAAAGAAGAGAACAAGCCGGCUAGCCCAGGAAAGGUCAAGCAGACCAGCCCCGGAGGGGAUGAGGCCAGUGACCAAGGAGCAGCCAAUCAGGGCACAGAAUCAGAAGAACAGGACAAGCCGACCAACCCACAACAGGCCAAACCAUCCAACCAGGGAGAAGCCAAUCAGGGCACGGAAUCAGGAAAGGACAAACCGACAAACCCGCAACAGGCCGGACAGCCCAACCAAGGAGAAGCCAGUCAGGGCACAGAAUCAGGAAAGGACAAACCGACCAACCCACAACAGGCCGGACAGUCCAACCAAGGAGAAGCCAGUCAGGGCACAGAAUCAGGAAAGGACAAACUGACCAACCCACAACAGGCCGGACAGCCCAGCCAAGGAGAAACCACUCAGGGAACGGAAUCAGGAAAGGACAAACUGACCAACCCACAACAGGCCAGACAACCCAGCCAAGGAGAAGCCACUCAGGGGACGGAAUCAGGAAAGGACAAACCGACCAACCCACAACAGGCCGGACAGUCCAACCAAGGAGAAGCCAGUCAGGGCACAGAAUCAGGAAAAGACAAACUGACCAACCCACAACAGGCCGGACAGCCCAACCAAGGAGAAGCCAGUCAGGGGACGGAAUCAGGAAAGGACAAAUAUGAAGCUGGCACAGGAGAGGACAAACAUGAGACAGACAAAGAAGAAGACAAGCAUGAAUCAGACCCUGAUUCUGAUAAAGAGUUUCUUGAAGAGUCUUUGAAAACAGACACCAAUGUGAAUCCUCCAGCAGGCAGUAUUGAACAUGGCAACUCAUAUUUGAAGGAGAAUGGCCCAGGCAAGGAAAAUUCAGAGAGCAGCCACUUUUUUGCAUAUUUGGUCACAGCAGCCAUCCUGGUAGCUGUCCUGUACAUUGCCUAUCACAACAAGCGAAAGAUCAUUGCUUUUGCUCUGGAAGGAAAGAGAGCCAAAGUCACCAGGAGGCCCAAGGCCAGUGACUACCAACGCUUGGACCAAAAGAUCUGAUUUCACCUUGAGAAGUAUGCCCACCCUACUGCUUUGUGUCUGAAGUACAAGAGCUCUGAAGAAUGGUGCCUGACUUGGGCAGUGCCUGUCUCCCUGAGCUGGGGCUCCUGAGCGAGCCUGGGCCAGUCAAGGCAGGGGAUGGUUCCUCCUUUGCACCUGCACUUUGAUAAAAUCAGACCCUUUCUGUUUGCUGGUUGUUAUGCUAUUUUCUUCCUCCUCUCCCUCCUUUCCUCCUCUGCGGGUGAGUGAAGAAGAGUGACAGCUUACUGGGCUGCGACCCAAGGCAAAUCCUGGCUCAGGAUGUGCUGCUGGGGCUUUGUGGUAAAAAAGGUUGCCUUAGCAGGAAGCAUUGCACUCUUUGACUUUUUUCUCUUCUCCAGCAUUUAGGGUUAGGGUGCCUCUCGAGCCCUGCUCACUUAAGAGAGAUGUGGGUGGUGAGGGCUCUUCUCCACAUCUGGAUUCCUGCCCAUCAAGCAUACAUUAUUCAUUCUUUCUAAUGUUUGCAGAUUGCUUCAGUACCACGUGUACCACAGUGCAGGGGAAACAGCUUCCCUUUGGUUGCACUGAAUAUGCAUUUGGCUCGGGUUUCUGGAAGAGAAGCCCUGAGGUUAAGAAAUUUUAGAAUUCUAAGAUGAUCAUUUAUAAAUGUCCACAUUUUCAGCCACAGGUGCAGUAGAAAUUUGCACAUGAGAAUCGAAUCAUGUUUUCAUCAAAAGGUUUUUGAGAAGCUGAUUUCCCAGCAAACCAGGUUGCCUUUGUCAUUGACGUUGCCUUUCUUUUAGAGCUUUCUCAAGAACGCUCUGGCCAGUGGGACUUGGUCUCUUUGCAGGGGUUCUGGAGACUGUGAGCCUUUGGUGUUCCUGUAGGCAGAGUGGCCUUGCUUCUUGCCUGUGUCAGGGGUGUGAAGGGCACACAAGAGGCAGGGCAGGUGGCGUCUUAGAUGUGGUUUCCCUGCCAGAAACUUUAUUUAAGUGAGUCGGGCAUGAGAUAAUUGCUUUUAUUGGUUUGUUCCAGAGAAUCUUAAUGGCUUUGGGUAAAGGGAAAGCCCAGGCAGAACAGUUCACCUCAGGGAGAGCUCGAGAGUCAGGCUGCACAUGGAGAGAGAGAAGCCAGUGGAAGACUCUGUUCAGACUGUGGCCUGAGUGUGUUUCAUUUAACGUCCUGCUGGCCUCAUGGAGUGGCUCAAGGGCCCCUCCUUUGCAUAUUUUCACCUGUGCUUAUCUCUCCUUCAACCAGGCAGUAUCUGUACCAUCCUUCACUGCAAUGAUAGGAAGAAAAGUUAUUUCAUUCUAGAGCUAACUCCCUGUGCUCCCAAUCUUGGUUUUUCUGCCUUUUUCCAGGCACUUUCUUUUUUUAGUUAUCUUCUCCAUUUCUUUAAUUUCUCCCCCACUUUCCUAGUUUUUCUGCCUCUGCUCCAAAACAUACAGUACGCCUCUCCUCUUUGUCUGCUGUUCCUUCUGGUGAUCAGCCUCUCGUUCUCCUUGUCACUGCCCAGCUUCUCACGUGGCUGUUAUUUGAAAUUCUGUCCUUCCUCCCUUGGUUUUUGUGAUACUGCAUUCUUUUCCUCCCUUUCCACCUGCUCUUCUUUGGUAACCCUUCACUUCUCUUCGUGCUGUCCCCUCAACACUUUGCCAUUCUAUGCUUUACUCAGGGAACUCAUUCACUGUGUGACUUGAUGUCUUUAGCCCCAGCCUCCCUCAUGAGACCAAGUGUCUAGAGCUAUUGGCUGGGUGUUUCUGCAUGGAUGUUUUGCUGUCUGUCACUUGGAACUCAGCAGGGCUAAAACCAGACUCUUCCCCGUCUUUCAGACUGCUUCCUCACUCCUGACUUAACCUAUUUCUUAGGCUCGCUUUUGUUCUCCCUGUUCCACAGGCCCCAUUACUCCUCGGGCAGAACUGUGUUGGCUUUUUGUUUACCGUGUCUCUCCCUUCUGUCUUUGUUUGGUUUCCACUGUCAUUAGCUUCAUCCAGAGCUCCUCAUCUCACACCUGAGUUAGUGUAAUAGCCUUUCAGCUGAUCAUCUUCCCCCGGGUUUCUUUGCCCCUUUUCCUUCACAUGGCACAGGGAAUGGCUUCAUUUUCCUAAAACAUUCCUCUCACCACAUUCUUCUGCUCAAAACUCUCCCAUUGCUUUGGUGUUCCGAGCCUCAGACAACCUCAUACCAAUUUAGCUAUCCACCCUUAACUCUUCUGGGUCACCACAGUCUGAGCAGUCUCACCAACCUGUGAAUUAACCUGCUUACCCUUGAAUGUGCCAGUCCCCCCAUCCUAGAACGUGCCCAGCUGCUUCAGGGUGCCCUUGGGUCCCACCUCUUUCAGCUUGCAGUCCACAUGCACCCUUCUUUUCUCUGAAUUCCCCUAACACUUACUAACUUGAUCAUGCAUUCAGAAAUUUAAUUAUUUGUAGCUUGAUUUCAGUAUUCAAACAUUUUGAAUGGGUGUGGUCUGGUCUUCUCAUUCUCUUCAUCUUGCUCAGUAAAUACUUGUGUUCCUGUAGCCAACAUUUCCAUUUGGCAAGUUGCCACCUAAGUGUGAGGUUAGACUAGGGUCUCAGCUAUUUAAAGAUUUCUGACUUUGCCUAAAGGAGAAAAGGAGGCCCAGGAGUUUUAUGGCAUUGAGGAAGUAUGAUGUUGCAUUGUCAGACAGAUGUUUCCAAUAAACACUGGAAAUUCUAAUUUCCUGAGUCAAGGAAAGAGCUGGGUUUUUACCCUGAAAUAGAGCACAGAGCUUAAGAUUGUUUCAUUCCCAAAACUCUCUUAAGGAGGACUGUUGGGUAAGAUGGUUGUUUGGGAAAUUUGAGGCCAGUUUCCCCAGAAAUUUUUCUCAUGUACUUUUUUAGGGGAUCAAAAUCUGGUCUGAAAUUUGGGAAUGAAGACUAAAUUUCAGGAAUAACUUUCCAAAAUGGCUGAAUAACACCUUGCCCCGACCCCCACCACCCCCCAAAUAGCCAAGCAUUUCUGUUCUUCUUCUGUCUCGAAAUUGUUUUUGGCUAAUUUUUUUAGAGGAAGUUUGUUAAGAUUCUUUGAUUCUCCUUAAAAUCUCACAUUACUUAACUGUGGAUUAUUUCCUUUUUCUCUGCCUCACUUCCCUCCAGUUUUUUUUUAUCUUAACCUGUGUUUUUGACAGUCAUUUUGAAGCUGAAUCAGAAUCCUUUGUACAUGUACUUUUGAAACAGUCGAGAACCUGGGAAGGACCUGGGUAGUGCAUCAGGCCCAGUUGCUAGGACAUGUUCCCAUAGGGUUUGAGUUCGGUACUGAGCAGGCUUUUGCCAGUAAACCAUCUGGUUUAGUUGUAACGUUCAGUGCCAUGGGCCAUUCUUCAUAAGGUCUGCAUAUCAGGCGUGGAUUUGCCAAAUGACUUUAUCUUGAGCUUUAUCUGCACCUGUGUUAGAACUCACUCGCUGUGAUUGAGAGCCAGCUUCCUUUAAAGGCCUCUCUCACUUGUUGGUAUGUGUUCCUGUGAUUUCCAAGUCUGCCUUGCAAAAUAGAGUUGUUGACUCUUCUCAUUAUUGCCCUUCUGCAUUGUCCAACCCAUUUCCUUCUUGGUGGAUUGAUGUGUAGUAUUCGAAAUCUUCAUUUUUUACCAAAUGAAAUCCAAUAAAUCACCUGAUUGGUUAAAAGUUAA